GAGUCUGUGAGAGAAGAGCUGCAGAGGGUUUGUGAGACGCUGAGGGAUCUGUGAGCUUUGUUAUAUAGUGGGUCAAGUUCAGGUUCUUUCUGAAACAACAUUACAUCCUAACAAAAGCUGCUGACAAAGGGAACGAUUCUGAUAUAAAAGCUAAGGAGAAGAGCGAACAGUCCGUGCCGCACUUAUCUCAGGACCCAGAGGCCGUCUGAGGCUUUUCUCCUCUGAUGGGUUUAUCUGGACGUUGGAGAGACAUGGCUCAUAUCUGGAGUGCAGCGUUCCUCUUCCUGACUUUUAUUAUCAGAGAAACACUUCCUCAGAGGAUCAUCGGGGGGCAGGAAGUCGUGCCGUACUCCAUCAAAUACCAGGCCUCUCUUCAGCAGGACAGAAACCACUACUGUGGAGGAAUCCUCAUCCACCCACAGUGGGUGUUGUCUGCUGCCCACUGCUGGAGACCGAGUAACAUCAUUCAGGUGGUUUUAAGUGAGCAUAACCUGGCUGUCGAGGACGGAUUUGAGCAGGUUAUUAAUGUGUCCAAAAUCAUAGUAAACCCUGCCUUCAACUCUAAAACCUACAGCAGCGACAUCAUGAUGAUAAAGUUGAGUCGUCCCGCUAUGCUGAAUGCUUACGUCCAGCCGGCGUCCCUCCCGGACUCGGACACGUCCCCUCUGGACAGCAGGACCACCUGUACGGUCAGCGGCUGGGGGGUGACCCGUAUCUACACCUUCUACCUGUCCCCCGUCCUGCGCGCCGUGGACGUGGACUUCAUCUACAACUGCAACGUCUACCUGGCCUCCAGGGUUAAUGAGUUCAUGAUGUGCGCCGGAUCUCGCUUCGGGGGAAAAGACUCCUGCCAGGGAGACUCUGGAGGACCGCUGGUGUGUAAUGGUAAUCUGGAGGGCAUCGUGUCGUGGGGAAUCGGCUGCGCUAAUCCCUAUUACCCCGGAGUCUACACCAGAGUCAGGAGCUUCGGGAAAUGGAUCAACACCGUCAUCAACGCCGACUCCCAAGCUUAAUACAAUAAUUAUACUAUUAUUACACUGUAAUUACACUGUAAUACAGGAGAGUUUCAGCUAAAACCCAAACGCCAACUGGCCCAAUUUUAUUACUGAUCAGAACGUAGAGCACACAGCUCAGAUUAAAUAAAUCAUGAUGGGAAAAUGGAAUUAUGAGCAGUUUUAUGGAAAGCUUGUUUGACCUUCUAAAACAGCUGCUGAGAAUCUGCUGAGUAAAUCUGUAGUAAAAACAUUAACAGGUAGACAGAUAAACAGACAGAUAAAGAUUCAGCACUUUAUCUGUUUAUACACGGACAAAAUGAAGUGAAAGGAAGUUUAAUCAGAUGAGAUUGUAAAUGUUUUAUUGUUAUAUCAUUCCUAAGACUGAUAGACAUGCACAUAUAAUACUCAGAAUACCAGCAGAAUUAUUAAAUGUUAAAAUGAUGAUGAUUUCAUUCCAAUGUUUUUAUUAAUAUUGAUGAUUAAAUCAUAUAUAUAGAGAUGUAUUCUACAGAAAACAUAUAUUAUUUACUCCCCUUUCCCAUGAUAUGAAAUGUUUUUUCAGGAUCUUGACAUGUUUAAAUCAUUAUCACCACAAAUGUUGUAAAUGUAAAUCUUAUUGUUUUACACUGUUAACUGCCCUGCUGCUCCAUACUGCCCUUCAGAUUAAAGCAGAAUUACAUAAAAACUGUAAAGAGUUUAUAGUUUAUCAGUUUAUCGUUACGUAACUCUUGCUGUUUUUCCUAAAAUAUUCAGAUAAUUUUCUGGAGAUUAUGAGGAAACAAGAUAAAAAUAAAUCAAUGAAAAAGUGUUCUGA